UAUUAUUCUGGCUUCAGCAACAUCACCCAAUAACCACACAACUCUCCUCCACCACACUCUCCUUACCCUAAUACACAUUCUUCAAGCUUUGCAAGCUCAAUACAUCGCCUGCGACCCACCAUACACGCAUGAUAUCUUUGCGCGACUUGCAUUGAAGAUUAGCCACCUCGAACCUAACACCAUCACUGCUACCGGUCAUGGCGUCGUCCAUGAACGGUCAUUCCAACGGGGCCUCCACAUUGCGGCGAAAGCGCUUUGCCGACAUUCCCGCGAGUAUCGACAUUCCCGUGUCUGCUGGUGACGACGAUGAAGACGACGAGACCGCGGUUGUCGAGGUGGACCCGGACGCGCUCCCCGACGACCCUACGGAGCUGUGCACACUGCUCGAGAACGAAAACUCGCCACGCCGCUUUUGGAUGCACAUCGCGCUUGCGUAUGCGAAGCACAACAAGGUCGAGACGGCGAUCGAGAUUAUGACAAAAGGAUUGCAGGCGCGCGCAUCGGUCACCGACAGAAACGAGAAGCUGCCGAUGCUGAACUGCCUCACAUGGCUGUUCUUGCAGAGGAGUAGAGAGGCUGGAAGGACUGGGACCGGUUCUACUGUUGAUGCCAAUGGCUACACGGCGGAGGUCAAGACGAAGGAGCAUUACCUCCAGCUUGCUACACAGACUCUCAACGAGUCGACGCGUUUAGAUCCCUCGGCGCCGGUUAACGCACUCGCUCGUGGUAUCUACUCAAUCUUCAAGACUUCGUCCCAGAACGUCAACGAGCGAAACCACCACCUCGACCAGGCGAUGAAGAUCUUCGAUGAUACCAUACGGACAUCUCGGGGGGGCAACAUGCUGGCGACAAUGGGCAAAGCGCGCGUUUUUUACGGCAAGAAGCGAUACGAUAAAGCGCUUGAGGCCUAUCAAGAGGUGCUUAUGAAGCGCCCUGAUAUGGACCCCGACCCACGGAUAGGCAUCGGAAUGUGCUUUUGGAGUCUCGGCUUUAAAGACGAUGCCAAGGCCGCCUGGGAGAGAGCACUGGAGAUUGAUCCCGACUCCAAGGUAGCUCAUGUCCUGAUGGCAGCGUACUACACAUACAUAACGUCUACGCUGUCCGAAUACGACCCCAACUGGGGUAAGAGUUAUCGUCAAAUCAUCGACCAUACGCAGAAAGCAUACAAGCUCGAUAAGAACCUCCCAAUGGCGUGCACAACUUUCGCUGCUCAUUUCUUCUCCAAAAAGGGAUUCCAGCAGUGUGAAACGCUCGCGAAGAAGGCAAUCGAGUACAGUGAUGUUGCGGGUGUGACGAGUGAUGGCUGGUAUAUCCUAGGAAGGAAGGCUCACGCGGAAACCGAAUACCAGACGGCAUUGACAUGUUAUCGGAAGAGUGAUCAAGCGAGAGAGGGUGGUUGGCUGCCAGCCAAGAUCGGUGUUGGCCAGGUGCAGGUCUUGAUGAAGGACCUGUCAUCCGCGAAGCUCACGUUUGAGGCGAUUGUCCAAGAAAACCAAAAAUGCAUGGAGGCUAAGACGAUUCUCGGCACACUAUACGCGCACGACGUCUUAUCAGCGAUCCCGCGGUCCGGGUUCACAGGAUCGAAGGAGGAUAUUACCGAGCUUCACAAGAAGGCGAUAUGGCUGUUGGAAGGUGUACGGAACAUCUGGAAGAACGACAAGAGGACCGAUCCAGCGAACGAGGCUGUUUUGCUUACGCUUGCUCGACUGUACGAACACGAUCAACCAGAGAAAUCUCUCCAGUGCUUGCAAGCUGUACAUCAGAUCUACACCGAAGUCAAGGACACGGACGAAGAUCUUCUCGUUCCAAUCCAGUUGAUCAACAACAUGGCUACGCUCUAUUGGCACCAGGAAAACUACGAUCGGGCACGAGAGUUGUAUCAAGAGGCACUCACGUCGAUUCCUCUCUACCAGGAGAAGGACGAACAUCUGGAUGCUGAUGCGCUCGCUACGACCCUCACAUACAACCUUGGCCGGUGUGAAGAAGCCGCGGGAAACUUUGAGCAGGCGACCAAGCACUACAACCAGCUCCUUCAGUUCCACGACGAUUACGUGGAUGCCAAUAUGCGUCUUGCGUACAUGGCUCUGCGGAGUGGUUCGGCGGAAGGCCCUAAGAUGAUCUCGAAGCUGAUGCAGUUGGACGGUAAUAACCUCGAGGUUCGGGCUCUGUAUGGCUGGUACUUGAGCAAGCAGAAGCGAAAACCUCCGGUCAACAUCGCCGAGGAUCCAGAGCAGCGGCACUACAAGCACUCUCUUCAGCAAUACGACAAGCACGAUCGCUUCUCUUUGGCUGGAAUGGGAAACCUGUACCUCCAUACCGCCCGAGAAAUGCCACGAAAUUCGGAAGCAGAUAAGGAAAAGAGGAGGAAGACGUACGAGAAGGCUGUUGAGUUCUUCGACAAGUGCUUACAGCUCGAUCCGAAGAAUGCCUAUGCCGCGCAAGGAAUCGCAAUUGCCCUGAUUGAAGACAAGAAGGACCUCAGAAAUGCGGUCGGUGUCUUGACGAAAGUGCGGGAGACGCUAGCCAAUGAUGGACACGCGGUGGUCAAUCUAGGACACUGUCUGGCGGGGUUGGAGCAGUGGGGUAGAGCGAUUGAGAUGUACGAAACGGCCCUCAAUAAGCACAAUCAAGGCCGAGAUCCCAAUAUCCUCAGCUGUCUCGGGAGAGUGUGGUAUGCCAAGGGUAAGAAAGAGAGCAAGAUGGAGCCGGAAAGAGCUUUCGAGAGUCUUAAGAACUCGUUGGAGUACGCCAAAAAGGCUUCCGAAAUUGUGAAGGACAACCCUGUCUUCAUGUUCAAUGUGGCAUUUGUGCAGAGCGAACUGGUUACCCAGAUCUUGCAGCUCAGUGAGACUCAGCGGAGUGUGACCGGAAUGGAGGCUGCAGCCAAAGAACUCGACGAAGCCGUACAAACAUUCAAGACGGUAGCGGCGCACAAGUCACCGCCGUACCCACCCAAGGACAUCGAGGCACGUGCCAAUAUGGGCCGGACCACGCGCAAGCAGUUGGACCGAGCCAUUGUAACCCAGAAGGAGUACGAGGACCGCAACGCUGCCAAGCUCGCCGAAGCGCGUAAACGCCGCGACGAAGAUCUCAGACGCCGCCAGGAACAGAUGGAGGAGACGCAACGUCGUGAACAGGAGGCCAAGGCCAAGGUUGCUGAGGAGCGACGUCGCAUGAUCGAGCAGGCACGCGAAUACGCUGAGCGCAAAGAUGCCGAGGAGCGUGAGAGAGAAGAACGCGAGGAAGGUCUCCGAGAGGGACGGCGACGCAAGCGUGGAGAGGGAGAAGGCAGGCUCCAAGGUCGCCGCAGAAAGAAGAAGGACUUUGUUGACUCUGAUGACGAGUCUGGAGAGGAACGUCCUAGCGGUACCCGCCGUAGUCGUAGUGCGGCCGCAGCCGAAAGUGGCGACGAACCAAAGAGGCCGUCGAAGAAGAGGAAGAAGCUUACCCGCGGAAACAGGCAGGCUGACUCGGGGAACUUCAAGAGUGCUGAGGUUGUCAACUCUUCUGACGACGAGGACGAUGACGUUGUCACUGACGCCCCUACCGCUCCGCUCGACGCCGCUGCCGCCGCCUCUAAUCCCGCGGCUGACAAGAAGCGUAACCGGAAGAGGGCAGCUGUCAGUGACGACGAGGACGAAGAGAUGGAUGAUGAUCUUUCCGGCAAAGUCGAAGAAGAUGCGGCCACUGUCGUGAAGGCAGAUGACGUAGAGAUGCAGGAUCAAACCACGACGGCACCUGCUGCUGAUGACGAGUAGACUACUUCUUUUUCUGCGCCGUAAUUUCAUUGUGUGGAUCUUUUACUACGGGUGUUAUUUUUCUGUCCUUUGCAGGUAGCUUCUGUUCAAUAUCAUGGGUUGCAGCUCGCGUUCCGUUUUGUUUAUUUCCUCCCGGGGGUUUGAUUAUUGUUUUUCGGUUUCUCUUUAUCAAAAUGCGGACUGGGUCGUUGCACGUGUACCUUACCUAAGUAGUGUACCUACUAACUAUAGUAGUAUACCUAGUCCAAAGGGGUAAGAGCUGUGGUAGUGCUACCAUACCUUUGAGAAAAUGGCAGUGACAUGUUAUAUAUCAAUACAGUUAGAAAAAAGGUGUUUUGUAG